UAUGAUUUUAUUUUUUAGCUUCUGGUACCAUCUCCACAAUUCAAUUGUUUCUUCCACUUUUGGUCUGAGUUUGAUCACUCACACGUCCACCAAACAGCUGUGGUUGAUUAAACAGGGGGAGACUAACGGUUGGGAAAAUGCUACUGUGUUAAUUGGUAAUCGUCUACAAGGAGUGAAGAUCGCAUUUUAUGUAGAGCCUGCCUUUAUUGGAAAUCAGGAUAUCAUGCUGGAUGACAUCACACUGAUAGACUGUGCAGAGGCAGAUGUUCCUGCAGGUUCAGAUGAGCUCAGCUGUGAUUUUGAGAAAGACACCUGUGCCUGGUACGAUGACCAGUCAGCUAAACUCACAUGGCAGAGGGCAAAUGGAAAAAAGCCUGAUCAGGGACCUGGACAUGAUCACACCACUGGAUCUGGCUAUUAUAUGUUUAUAACAUCGAACUCUAAACCACCUGAGACAGCCCGACUGGUCAGCUUUCCACAGAAGUCCAAGUGUGUCAGCUUCUGGUAUCUAAUGUAUGGUGCAAACAUUGGGUCUCUCAGAUUCAUUACUAAGCAAUCCGAUGGAGAGCAUUCUCUUAUAUGGAUGAGAACUGGGACUCAAGGCAACAAAUGGCGUUUCGUGGACCUUAGCUUUGCAGAUAUUGAUGAACCAAUUCAGUUUAUGUUUGAAGGGACCCUGGAAGGCACCAAAGGCUACAUUGCAAUAGAUGACGUGCAAGUGUCAAGCAGUGUAAAUGGGUCCUGUCCAGCUGAACGAGAGUGCACUUUUCAGGGUUCUCUCUGCGGCUUUCAGUCUGAUCCCACAACAGAUUUUACCUGGAUAAGAACCAAAGGAGAAUUGGUCACUGGCACCCCCAGCCCUCCAGUGGACCACACGCUGGGAACUGACAAAGGCUUCUACAUGAGUGCACAGCUGUGGCAGUACCCCAGUGAAAAAAGAGGCAGCAUGGUAACCAAAGUCCAUCAGCCAACCCUUGAGCAUGGGGAAUGCUGGAUGUUCUGGUACCACAUGGAUGGAAAAAACGUAGGUUCUCUAAACAUCUAUGUCCAGGAGCUGAACAGUACCAGAUCUCAGAUGCCUGUGUGGAGCAUGAGUGGAGAUCAGGGAGAACAGUGGAGACAUGGCAGAGUAUCUGUCAUUAGCCCUCACAGCCCAUACAAGGUAAUAAUUGCAUAA